AUGAUUGCAAAAAGGCGCCUUGCGGCCCUCAGCGAGCAGCUGGUAGCGCCCGUUCCAGACCAGGGAAGCUUCGAAGACCUUCCCGUUCUCAAAAAGAUCGCGCCAGAUUCGAAUGGACCACGAGUGAAAGGGAAGGUUGUCAUUGUAACCGGUACGAACUCCCCCUUGGGCAUUGGCCGAGCUUCGGUACACCAGUUCGCCCAAAAUGGUGCAAGAGCUAUAUACAUAUGCGAUUUCAACGAUAAACAUCUCGAGACACAUAAGCGUGAGCUUAAAUCAUUAUAUCCCGACGUCGAUGUGCAUACCCGGACAUUCGACGCUGCCAACGAAGAGGCCGUGAAAGCUGUGGUUGAUGAUGCACUCAACACAUAUGGUCGACUUGAUGUUUUCUUUGCCAAUGCCGGCGUGAUCGGACAGCCUAAGGUCUUCACAGAGGUUACCGGCGCCGAGUUCCUAUCUACCUUAAACACCAAUAUCGUGAGUGUGCAUCUUGCGGCCAAGUACGGAGCACAAGCUAUGAUGAAAACAUCCGAAGAGAAGAAAUAUCCCUCAGGGAGCAUCAUCUGCACCGCUUCCGUAGCAGGCCUUCGUUCCAACGCAGGCUCAACUGAUUAUUCCGCCUCGAAGGCUGGGGUGGUCUCCGUAGCGCAAACAAUAUCAUAUCAAUUGGCUGGAACGGGUGUCCGAAUCAACGCCAUAUGCCCUGGCGUCAUCGAAACAGGAAUGACCGCUGGUAUGUAUGAAGCAGCGAGACAGCGAGGCACCGAGAAGAAAAUCGGCCAACUCAAUCCAUUGAGGAGAGGAGCUCAUGCAGACGAGGUUGCACGGGUGGCGUUGUUCUUGGGGAGCGACGAGAGCAGCUAUGUUAAUGGCCAAGCUUGGGCGGUUGAUGGAGGAUUGAGUGCUGGGCACCCUUUUGUCCCUGGCAAACUUGGUUAG